CGCAGCAGCCGUCUCGUUUUGAGGCUUCCAUCAGCGGAGUCCCGCCUCAACACUCCGGCACGCCAGACGCUUCGUUUCCUUACUGGUUUGCAGGUUUCCGCUAUGAGCGAUUCCAUGAAGGAAGUUGUCGAGACACUCGACCCCGUCUCGCAAAGACUCGUUCCUCCGAAUAUCGAUAUAGGAACCUUAGUACCUCUCAAGACCGUUCUCGAGCUCAGAGACAACCUGUCUAUCGGUUAUACCUAUGUAACGCGUGUACCUAGCAAAUUCGCUAAUGAUGUGAUAAAUAUGGCGCGGGCCCUGAUCGGUGAUGAUGCGGCUAAGAACCUACCGCACCUACGUCGGUGCUCCAAGCCCUCUGACCUCCCACCACACCUCAAGACGCAAUUCAUGAACGAAGGAAAUGGGAAGCUGAUACAUGCCACGAAAUCCACAUGGCUCUACGUUCUGCUGGGCCCCCGAGAUGUUAUGCCGUACGAAGAGCUUGUGAAAGGCCUCGCUACUAUUGACGAAAUUAGUGAUGACAUCUUUGUGGGAACAAUACCGAUUCCUUUGCUAGCUCCGACCUCUCAAGUGCAAGCCAAUAUGUGGUCCCAGCAGUUCUGGCAGACGGUGUAUCGCAGGAACAACCCGCUCGGCCCCCACCCGAGUACCAUCACGCGAUCUGAAAUCUCCGUUACUCGAGAUGCCUCUGUGUGGAUGACUUUAGCGCACCAGAUCGCCAAAAAGUCCCAGAAGGCCGGCUUUGGUGAGCCUAUCGGCGCUGUUAUUAUCAAGCGCAUAGUUCCUGCGAGGGUCGAUUCUGGAAAAUGUACUUUGACGAAGGAGGGCCUGAUGGAAUCUGACGGCAAUCAGCAGUCCGACUCGUCUGAUGAAAGCGCCCGAGUUGUGGAAGUUGGCCCCGUCACUUUUCCCACUUGCAAUGGCGACGGGAAGCGGCGGCGUGCCUCGAAGCUAGAUCCGGACGCCCAGGAUACGUCUUCCGCACUGGGUGCCGAGACCAACGAGACAGCCCAGAUUGUUGCUAUCGCGGCGGAUGCUCGCUGGCACCAGCAAGAGAAGACGGGACACACUGGGAACCCAAUGGCUCAUGCUGCGCUUAGGGCUAUCAGCAUGGUGGCACAGAAAUUGGUGAGGGCCGAAAAUCGGCCCGAAUCCGAACAGCACAUUCUGGAGUUCGAAGCCUUUCAAGACAAGCCCCUGCUGGCCGACGAGCAAGCCGUCUUUGAUGUCGAGCACCCUUGCCCCGAUGGCUACUUAUGUCACGAACUAGAACUCUACAUGACCCACGAGCCGUGCACCAUGUGCGCCAUGGCAAUCCUGCAUUCCCGAAUGGGCAGGAUCGUGUUCCGUCACCGCAUGCCGUUGACGGGUGGCAUGGGCUCGGAAGACCGAGGGCACGACGCGUGCGGAGCACCCGGCUCUUGCAAGCGUGGCUCUUGCGGCGGUGGUCAGGGCCUAGGUCUUCACUGGCGCAAAGAGCUGAACUGGAGCAUGCUGGGUUGGGAGUGGGAGACGGACAAGGUCGAGAGCCUCCCCGUCGAUCCCCAUCUACAUGCCUGAGAGCAUAACAUCAAAACAGACCUAGUUUUGAGGCGGACAUGGAGAAAUUAGGUAGUCCUCUCUGUC